AAAUAGCCAGUCUCUCUGUAUCACUGGAGCAAGAAUGGCUUCAAACUUGUGGUCUGAGGACGAAUUCAGCUGUCCAGUGUGUCUGGAGAUAUUGAAGAACCCAGUAACUACAGCAUGUGGACACAGUUACUGUAUGGGGUGUAUUAAGAACUGCUGGGAUCAGACUGAUCAUACAGGUGUCUAUAGCUGCCCCCAGUGCAGAGAGACCUUUACCCCAAGGCCUGUUCUGCGUAGAAACACCAUGCUGGCUGAAAUUGUGGAGAAAUUAAAGAAGACAAGACUCAAUCCUCCUCCUGCUCAAAGUUAUGCUGUAUCUGGAGAUGUGCUGUGUGAUUUCUGCACUGGGAGAAAGUUCAAAGCUGUGAAAUCCUGUUUGACGUGCCUGGCCUCUUACUGUGAAACACACGUCAAUCCACACUAUGAGGGGGCUGCUUUUAAGAGGCACAAGCUGGUCAAUGCAAUUGGAAAUCUGGAGCUAAAGCUUUGUGCUGAACACCAAAGGAUUUUGGAGUUCUUCUGCAGAACCGAUCAGAUGUGCAUUUGCUUGUUGUGUUCACAAGAUGAACACAAGAACCAUGAUACAGUCUCAGCUGAGAAAGAAAGGACUGAGAAACAGAAGCAGCUGGGAGAGACACAGACAGAAAUACAACAGAGAAUCCAGGAGAGACUGAAAGAAGUGGAGGAGCUGAAACAGGCUGUGGAGUCACUGAAAAGAUCUGCACAGAGGGAAAUAAAGAAAACCAAGAAGAUCUUUACUGAGCUGAUCCGAUCCAUUGAGAAGAUCCACACUGAGGUUAUUGAGCUGAUUGGAGCUAACAAGAAGGCUGCAGUGAAUCAGGCUGAAGGACGUAUGAAGAAACUGGAGCAGGAGAUUGCUGAGCUAAGGAGGAGAAAUGCUGAGCUGAAACAGCUUUCAGAGACAGAGGAUCACAUCCAUUUUCUACAGAAUUUUCAGUCUCUCUGUGCCCCUCCUGAAGCUGGAGACUUACCCAGCGUUACUGUCAAUACAGACAUCUCUUUUGGGGCUGUGAGGAAAGCUGUAUCUGAACUUAAAGACCAUAUUGAGGACUUCUGCAAGGGGGAAUUAGUCAAAAUAACCAAAACAGUGAAUGAAGUUGCAGUUUACAGUCUGCAGGCUCCAGAGCCAAGGAACAGAGCUGAGUUUUUAAAAUCAAAGGAAAAGUGUGAAGAGGAAAUGAAGAAACAGCCAGAGCCUCAACGAAGACGCAGUAAUGAGGAUGAGCGUCCUGACAUGUCUGGAUGUGAAGCGAGUGCAGAAGAGAAAACAGGAGAGACAGAGGAACCAGAACCAGCAAGAAUAGCAGAAGCGAAUAUUCUGGUAUCGCAUGACCAAUUUAGCUGUUCAGUGUGUCUGGAGCUAUUGAAGGACCCAGUCACUAUUCCAUGUGGACACUGUUACUGUAUGGGGUGUAUUAAGAACUGCUGGGAUCAGGCUGAUCAUACAGGUGUCUACAGCUGCCCCCAGUGCAGAGAGACCUUUACCCCAAGGCCUGUUCUGCGCAGAAACACCAUGCUGGCUGAAGUUGUGGAGAAAUUAAAGAAGACAGGACUCAAUCCUCCUCCUGCUCAAAGUUAUGCUGGACCUGGAGAUGUGCCCUGUGAUUUCUGCACUGGGAGAAAGUUCAAAGCUGUGAAAUCCUGUUUGACGUGCCUGGCCUCUUACUGUAGAACACACAUCAAGUCUCACAGUGAAGUUGCUGCUUUCAAGAGGCACAAGCUGAUCAAUGCAAUUGGAAAUCUGGAGCAGAAGCUUUGUGCUGAACACCAAAAGCUUUUGGAGGGGUUCUGCAGAACUGAUCAGACGUGUAUUUGCUGGCUGUGUGCAGACAAGGAACACAAGAGUCAUGACACAGUCUCAGCUGAGGCAGAAAGGAGUGGGAAACAGAAGCAGCUGGGAGACACACAGACAGAAAUACAACAGAUAAUCCAGGAGAGACUGAAAGAAAUUGAGGAUCUGAAACGGACUGUGGAGUCACUGAAAAGAUCUGCAUGCAUAGAAAUAAAGGAAAGUGAGAAGAUCUUUACUGGGCUGAUCCGAUCCAUUGAGAAGAUCCACACUGAGGUUAUUGAGCUGAUUGGAGCUAACGAGAAGGCUGCAGUGAAUCAGGCUGAAGGACGCAUGAAGAAACUGGAGCAGGAGAUUGCUGAGCUAAGGAGGAGAAACGCUGAGCUGAAACUGCUUUCAGAGACAGAGGAUCACAUCCAUUUUCUACAGAAUUUUCAGUCUCUCUGUGCCCCUCCUGAAGCUGGAGACUUACCCAGCGUUACUGUCAAUACAGACAUCUCUUUUGGAGCUGUGAGGAAAGCUGUAUUUGAACUUAAAGAUCAUAUUGAGGACUUCUGCAAGGGGGAAUUAGUCAAAAUAACCACAACAGUGAAUGAAGUUGCAGUUUACAGUCUGCAGGCUCCAGAGCCAAGGAACAGAGCUGAGUUUUUAAAAUUGAAUGAAGUUGCAGUUUAUAGUCUGCAGGCUCCAGAGCCAAGGAACAGAGCUGAAUUUUUAAAAUAUUCCUGUCAGCUCACACUGGACCCCAACACAGCGCAUAGAGAGCUCUGUCUGUCUGAAGGGAACAGAAAGGCGACAUGGGGAGAGACCCAGAGAUGUUCUGAUCACCCAGAGAGAUUUGAUUACUAUCUCCAAGUGCUUUGCAGAGAGGGUUUGUCUGGGACUCGCUGUUACUGGGAGAUUGAGUGGAGUGGGGGAGGGGCUUAUAUAGGAGUUGCAUAUAAAGGAAUCAGCAGGAAAGGAGAGGAUCUUUCCUGUGUCCUUGGAUACAAUGACAAGUCCUGGAGUUUGUUCUGUUCCGGUUCCAGUUACUCUGCCCGGCACAAUAACAAUGAAACUGCAAUAACUGCCCUCCGCUCCCCCAGAAUAGGAGUGUAUCUGGACUUUAAUGCCGGCACACUGUCAUUUUAUGGCGUCUCUGACACAAUGACCCUCCUGCACAGAUUCCAAACCACAUUCACUGAGCCGAUCUAUCCUGCGGUUUAUAUUUAUUCUGGUUCCCCUGUAACAAUCUGCCAGCUGAACUAGACAGUUUUGUGUUGUAAGAAACCCUUUGUAUUAAACUCCCUGUCUGUCCUCUCCACUCCUCGGGUGAAGGGAAUUUUCAAUCUGACAAAACUUUGGAUGAAAGUUAGGGGGUAAAACGGCACCACCAGCAGAGUGAAACGAGGUGAAUUAUUUGUUUUUACACUUGGGGCCAAGGCAGCCUCAUUUUUACAGUUUAACCUCUUUCAGGUUAGUGUUUUUGUAAUUGUAAACACUCACAACUGUACAGCUGUUUCAGCAUAACAUGUUCAAUAUGUCCUGAGUAUUUAUUGAUCACAAACACAUAAAUAGAACCAAGUGGCAGACUUAGUUGGCAUCUCUGCACAGUGCUAGAAUUCCCACAGCAAGUACUGAUAAGUAUCUCUUAAGUUGUUUGUAGCUCACUAAAUAAUUCCACAAUGUCUUCCUAUAUUGCACUUCAAUUGGCUACAUAGGUCUCAAAUUUAGUUUAUUGUUUACUAAUUUUAUUGUUUAUUGUUAUUCAAAGCACUGUUUAAGGUCAACGAUCUAUAUAAUCAGGUUUUAAAUUAAAACCAAAACACAAAUGUAAAUAAGCACCAUUUUAAUAACCAUUUUUUAUGUUUCUGUACUUUAAUGCAAACAUUUUUUAUUUAAAUGUUUUGUAAAGUUCUUAAUUUUCAAUAAAUGUUUUGUU